UCGAUAUCGAAAAUGGCAACAUCGUUUUAUAAAAACAGCUGGAAAUUGGUUGUUUUGAGCAGAUUCGACUUUGACGUUUUUUUGUGAUUACCUAUCUCAAUAAAUAAAAAUACCGUGCAUAGAACGGAUAGAACGUAGAUGGGAUUAUAUAAAUAUCCUAAUAUUAACUAAGUUAUACAGUGAUGUUACCAACGAGUAUUUAGAUACUGUUGUUGACUAUUAUAUGUCCAAAAAAUCUGUACGAUUUUCUAUACAUCCAUUAAGUGCAAAGCCGGUGUAAAAUGGGGGGAGCUGUGAGUUCGGGACGCAAUAAUGACGAUCUUAUUGAUAAUCUACUUGAAGCAGAUUAUAUUAAAUCAGCACAAAUAGAACGAGUAUUCAGGGCAGUAGAUAGAGCCGAAUACUUUCUACCGGAGUUCAGAGGAAAUGCUUACAAGGAUUUGGCAUGGAAAAGUGGAAAUCUACACCUGUCAGCACCCUGCAUCUAUUCAGAGGUCAUGGAAGGGCUUUGCCUAGCUCCAGGACUGUCCUUUCUGAACUUAGGCUCUGGAACAGGGUAUCUCAGCACCAUGGUCGGACUAAUCCUGGGAACAAACGGGGUAAAUCACGGGAUUGAGCUUCAUGAAGAUGUCAUUUUGUAUGCCAACAGGAAACUGGAGGAUUUUAAGAGGUAUUCGGGUGCUUUAGAUGAGUAUGAUUUUUGCGAACCGAAAUUUAGGCAAGGGAAUUGUUUGAGUCUUACUAGUGAGUGUACUGCACUGUAUGAUAGGAUUUAUUGUGGUGCAGGGUGUCCAGAACAGUACAAAGAUUACAUGAAGAGUUUGAUUAAAGUUGGAGGUGUCUUAGUUAUGCCUAUUAAUGACCAACUUUUUCAAAUAAAAAGAACAACUAAAGCAGAAUGGAAAGCAAAAUCGCUACUACCCGUCUCGUUUGCCUCACUUAUUUUACCUCCAGAAGACUUUCAGGACUUUGUCCAUCCAAUUGAAAUUGAACCACUGUCCCUGCAAGUGUUAUGCAGAGCAGUGGUACGGAAUAUACUGAGAAGAAAUAUAGAAAUUGACCAUCCCCCAGCAAAGAGGGUGAAGUUCAGGGCUCCAUCCAAAGAGCCCAAAAGAAAAAGAGUGUUGAAGAGGCUUGUUGUGCCGUUGUUUGAUGAUGAUGAGAGUUCAGAUGAGGACAGACACGUUAGAAUUGGGGGUGACAGAAAUCACAAUGCAGGUCGUGCAAGUUUUAGAAGCGACGAUGGCGGAAUAUUUAGUUUCUUUUUAGGAAUGGGGGGUAGGAGAUCAAGUGGAGAUAGAGAAAGUUCUUCAAGUUCAAGCAGAAGAAAUAGAGAGUCUAGAACUAACCAAGAAUCUAUGGAGGUUGAUAGUAAUAUAGCUGAAGAAAGCUCAAAUCAUAGCACUGCUGAGGCACCGACUUCUCAAGAGGUCAGAGCCGUUAUUGAACACCACCCCGAUCCGCAAAACCGCAACGAAGCCAACCAGGGUCGUCCGGAAGGGGAACAGUCUCUGGACACUAUAAAUGACAUCAGUGACGUGCUUGUGGAAUGUCUCGAAGUGCUCAGAAGGGAGAGGGCAAGUUUGGAACGGCAAAGGGAUGAUUUGGUCGAGGAAAUGGCCAGUCAGGAUAACCAGGAGAACGAGAACGAGGAGAAUGCACAGAGAGAGGUGGAGGGAGGUCAGAAUGAAAUGCAGAACAAAGAUGAGGCUAUGGGCUCCAACAACCCAUCGACCAGCGCAGCUCCGUCAAAGUCCAACGGAAAAAGAGAAAAAUUUGACAGCGGUCUGGGCGACGAAAUUAUCGAAGCCAGAGAUUCUUCAGAUGAUGACGACGAAGAUGAAGAGGGUGAUAACAUGAAACUGGACGCCAUCUCUAGUUGCGACGAGGAACAAGCCACUUCCGGCCUGGAGAAACGUCAAAAACGAGGCACGCGUCGCGUGGCCAAGCUGAGAAGGAUGGAUUGUCGGUCCCGUAGCCAUAAUCAAGAUAACAGCAGUGAAUUUGACACUGAAGAAGAUACGAAACAAGUUGACAAUGAAUUGAAAAUGUAUCAGAGCCCAUUUACUGAACACAUGAAGGCCAAAAUUCAGGAGUUGCCGCUGCCACUGAUCCUGAAGAGAUAUUUGAAUUACUACAGAGAAUUCUAGGUUUCUACAUACUUGGAAACAUAAGUUCUCGUUUUUGGUCUCUGUAUAAAGGAAAAAUAAGGGGUUUUAAGGAGAAUAGUGAUUGAUUUGAAGUGUUUAUUCUACAGGGUGUACUAGAAUUAAACAAAAUGUUUUUUAUAUGAAAGGAAUUUUUCAUUUAUCAUUUAAUAAGGAAUCUAAAUUUACUGAAACAUAUUUUUUGAACUAGAAUUUUAUAAAUUAUUUUAUUCAGGAAAGUUAUCAUCUAGGAUAAUUUUUAUACAGGGCGAUUCACGGUGAUCGUGUUUGGUUAGGCGUUUUUGGAGAACCAGUGAUAGGAUUUUUUUGAAAAUUCGGGUUUUUACACAAAGGCACCCGCUUCAUCUGUCUAAAUUAUUUUCAGCGUUACAGUGUUGCCGCUUCAUUUCAAAAUUGGUAGUAUCUUUGUUAUUUUAAAUGGAACACCCGGUAUAUUAUUACAUUUUUGGAAACUACUUUGAUAUCUCAUAAUUUUUCUAUUAUACCAACCUUUAUCUAUCUCUACUAGUUUUUGAGAUAAAAAAAA